AUGAUUCGCUCAAGUCGCAUCAUCCUUCUGUUUCUCGUGCUCUGUUCCCUCAACUGUCAAGGAAGUCCUCCCACCUCAAAUGCUAUUGAAUCUAUGACUAAAGAAGCUACAGAAGAGGGUCUUGUUAGCAUCACCAGUGAUGCACGGCCUCCCCUCACCAACGUCUCCAUCAGUCCCGUUCUUCAGCCCAAAGAAAGCAUCCCGCCUCAGUUUACAUACAUCUUGAGGAACCGUCAGGGUAAAGUGUGUGCGCGGGUCAGUCUGGGAGUGGAGUAUGUUGUGAGAGAGAACAAAAAGAAGUAUUAUUUCAACAUCAAUCCCAGUUUAACACGAGCCACGGGAUACUGUGGUGUCAGUGAAUCUCUGCUCUCAUUGGACUUUGAUGGUGGAAAUCUACAGUUCGUUUUCAAGAAGGAAGGCAGCUUCUCAUAUGUGAAUACCAUUAAAGGUCAUCUGAAACCUGCCCCUCCUUGUAAAAAUUGCAAAAACAAAACGUACAUUGGAGUUAUGGAUCAUGAAAAGCUAUUCAAAGCCACCAAUGGUCUGAGCUUCAAGUGCAAUACUGAGACGACGCUGAUACUGGCAGACUUCUUCAGAGUUAAACUCGUACCGCUGCAGAUUCAAGCGUUUGAUCUGAAUAAUGGAGCCUUUGGAAAAGAGGUUGAGUGCUGGGCGGAUUAUAACAGACGGAUGAUCCCGAUUAUCUUGGGGGCUGUAGCUGCAGCAGUUUGUCUCAUUGCAAUUCUUACCUAUUUGCUUGUCCGUGAGCGGCGCGGGCAAGGCUAUGAGCAGCUCUGAUGCUCUAUAUAUGUGCGUUAUACUAAGCACUAUCUCGUGAUUUCAUCAUGUUAUAUUGUUUGACUAUAUCGUUUUAGUAAACAGUACUGUUGCUCACUAGUCCUCCUUUGAUGGCUAAUUUUGAUUUGUAGAGAAAUAACUAAAAUGCAGUCAAAUAUAUUUUGAAAGGAUUAUCAGCAAAAUGCCUCUUGCAAAUAAACACAAAAGACUGUAAGAACGUAUUGAAAAUGAAAUCUUGUGGAUUUUUUCAUAAUAAAAAAGCAGGCAGAAAGCACAUUUAGCAGCCAUACUUUGCCAAGUAAUAAAGUUUAUGAAGCCUGAAUUUAUAACAAACUCCAAAUUAUUGACCUAUAGUUUGAUAAAGGUUAAGAAGUGAAUUUGUAUUACUGUACCUUUACAAAUCUAUAACUUUUAACUGAAUGAAUGUCGCUCUGUAACUAUUUGAAAUUAUUUUAAGCUGAUAUAAGUGUUUUAACAACUUCUGGUGUUGCUUUAUUUCUGGAUGAUUCCUCUGAAACACUGUUUGCCUUCAGCAUGUUCUAAAUAUUUUCGUUUUUAAUGUAUAUGAAAGAUUGUUAAUAUACAUUUGUGCAAGAUGUAAAAAUGUGGGCAUUAACACAAAAAUGAAUGAGUAAACCAAAGACAGACACAGUAUUAAAGGGGGAUAAGAGAUUCACUGCUGUUUACAUGCAGGGAUGUUACGUGAAGACUGUUUAGCUAAUGGUUUAUUAUGUAAAAAUUCAUGUUUGGUGCUGUGGGUGAGAGAGGAGAGACUGCUGUUUACUGUGAGGUUUCUGUGACAGCCUGAAAUAAAGACCCAAUUAUUAUAAAGCUUUAACCUUGCCUCUGAAAUAAAUUAAAUUAUGAUUAUAUGAAACUUUUAAAAAAUCAUAUUAAGAACAAGCCGUUUAAUAAACUUCAUGUUUAGCAUAUAAGGACAGGAAAGCAAGAAGGUUUUUUUUUUAUCAUUAUUUAGCCUAC